UGGCUGGUUCGCCUACUCCAUUUCAACAGGUGGCGACGGACGUGGUUGACUGUGUUUUCAGAGCUUUCAGACAGGGGAAAAGAAAAGCUUUUCUCCGUCCCCUGAUGACAACACCGGCACUACAGAGGAAGGCAGAAUCGGACCAGAGAAUUACGGCGAGAAAGCUGUCAACCAUGCAAAAACUAACCUAGCAAGCAUAACUGAGCCAACAAGUCUGCCUGUUGUCCAUCUGUUUGUGCGGCCUGCUAGGCUGAGGUGAGGAGAAUGUGGGGCGAGCAGAAAAGAGGAAUUCAUGUCAGCCAGGCCGAGCUCCUCUGUAAAGAUGGCUGCGGCUAUUAUGGCAACCCGGCCUGGCAGGGUUACUGCUCCAAAUGCUGGAGAGAGAGGAUCCGCAAGACUGAAACCACCAAACCAGAGAAUGGCCUCCAUGGUGAUGGAGGAUUCCAGCUCACGUUCUCCAAAUUUGAGGAGAAGAAAAGUGUGGAGAAGGGCAGACGCUCCAGCACGAUGAAACGACUGUUCUGGGGGACUCCAUCACCACCUCGACAAGAGUCUUCAGAAAUCCAGGAAGCAGCACUGAAGGCCUUUCAGAGCCUGGAGCCUGGAGAUUUCCCUGGCUUCCUCAAGCUUCUGCGUAAGCCAACCUCCCAGCGGCUGCAGUCCCGCUGUACAGCCUUUCUCAACACCAUCGAGGCCUACCACGACCUACCUGUUGAGAAACAGUCAGAUCUGGUGCAGGAUUUCUACCAGAACAUUGCUGUUCACUUUAAUGGUUUGCCAGAAGCGCAAGUUUCGCAGAUGAUGGAACACAUUGAAAAACUGAUCAUGACUCGUCUGCACAAGUGGGUCUUUUGCCAUGACAGCUGUGAUGAUGAACAGAAGGAUCUGACGCUUCAGCGGAGGAUCAAGUCAUUAAACUGGGUUACCCCUCAGAUGCUACGUGUUCCCUUCCCCAAAGGUGGAUCUGACAGUGACCCGUAUUUACCAGCAAUCACAGCCAUCAUUGAGAUGGAUGCCAAGCGUGCACCUCAGGACAAGCUAAUCUGUGUAUCCAAGUGCAGUCAGAAUGUGUUCCAAGCUCUUGCCUUGGCCAAUAGCCAGCCAGCAAAUGCAGAUGACUUCCUCUCAGGUCUGAUUUACGUUGUGCUGAGGGCUAACCCACCCCGUCUUCACUCCAACAUGAACUACAUCACCCGCUUCGGCCUGCCACACAGCUUGAUGGCAGGCGAGACUGGUUACUACUUCACUAACCUGUCAUGUACAGUGGCCUUUAUUGAGAAACUGGACGGGCCAGCACUUAACCUCACACCAGAGGAGUUCAGCAGUUACAUGCAGGGACGCAGAAUGCCAUCCAGUCCAGCAGAGGGUGACAGCCAGAGAAGGGCCCGGGAAAACCGCGAGCAGCUGGACGACUUGAAGAAGCGUCAAGACAAAGUGGACCAAGGGGUACGAGCACUUCAGGAGCAGUUGGAGCAGUGGGUACGGUCUGUGCAGGAGAAAGUGGAUGAAGUUACUGCUCAGUCUGCGCUGCUGGAGAAUCAUCUGACUGAGUCGUUUGAGAAGUCUGCAGGCAAUGCAAGAGACCAGUCAGUAUUGGUGCUUAGGAACGAUGCAUCACAUGAAGCUGAUCCUGGAGAGACCGAGUGUUGAACCUUUUUUAUAUGUAAUGAGUGGUGUUCUCCUAGCCAUAUGUUUGUAUGCUGCAUUUACAUUGCCUGGUAAAGCACAUUUAUAUAGCUCUGAAACGGUGACCAACUGGUUCUUAAAAUCUACCUUCCUUGAAAGUCUAGUUCCAACUGCAAUCUGCCCCACUGAUUGGCUGAAUCAGUUGCGUUAGUGUUGGAACUAAACUCUACAGGAAAGUAGAUCUUCAGUAGAGCCACUGCAUUAAAGGCUGGUUUCUUGACCAUGGAUUUUAGUACCUUUUGAAAAUCCUGUGUAGUCUGAGUUGAGGCUUAAAAAAUGCACCAGUGCCUUUCAACCUAAUCUUCAUCAACCACAUCUGUAUUGUACCAAGAUGCAUCAUCUUAAAACUAGCUAGCUCUAGCAAUUGAAAAUACAGAUGUAACCUUUUAGGUCUUAGAGACAGUUAUGACAGAAUGGCUUACUAAAGUUGGUCUUCUGAGGUUUUAUCCAGCCUUUUCUGGUAUCCAUGGUGAUUAAGUUGCAAAACCCCUGUGUAUUACCAAAGAUUCUUACCUUGGAUAGUCCCAAUUUAUUAUUAUUAUAAUAAUAAUAAUAAAAACACAGCAAAGAUGCUACAAUGUUCCUUUAAUCUGGGGCUGGGAAACUGACCAUAGAUACUAUACAUAUCCUAUAGCCAAUCUGCUCUUGGUUGGUUAGUGUAGUGGUUAACACCUCUGCCUUCUACGCUGUAGACUGGGGUUCAAUCCCCCACCAGGGCAAGCACCCUACACUAUACCAAUAAGGGUCCUUGGGCAAGACUCCUAACACCACCUUAGCCUACCUAUGUAUAAUGAUCAAAUUGUAAGUCGCUCUGGAUAAGAGCGUCAGCCAAAUGCCAUAAAUGUAAAUGCUCUUACAAAUUGCAUUCGGUAUUGACAUGUAUUGGCACCAUAGAAUUUAAAUGUUUAUUAGAGCUAAAUAUGCAAACAACUUAUCUGCACCACAGUUGCACUUGAAUGCUGAAAUAUACAAAAAGGACAAGUAUUAAUGAUGAAGGCCUUUGCUCCCAGUGUAUUACCAUUUGAUCAUUUGGCAUGACUCUUUCAAAACACUACUAGAUUGGAGUGCGUUGUUUAUUUUUCUGCUUUCCUAUCCUGUGAAGACAGGAUAGUGUCUUCACAGUAUUGAUUAGUUUCAUCAUUGGGACAGAUCAUGUCUUAUUCGGAGUUUUUAAAAACAUGUUUGUUAUUAAUAGACAUGACCAUCAGUAACUGAACUUACUAUUUACCUGGAAUGUGGUGGAUUUUUUUUGGCCACUAGGAUGUGUAGGACAUCGCAGUAGUAGUAGUACAGGGCACAACCAAAAACUGCUCAGUAGUUCAUGAAGAGAGAAAAGACAUUUGGAGCACAGUAGCAUCCCUGAAAAAUGUUUAAAAGCUCAGCAAACGAGCGUUUACAGUCAAAUAUUUUUCAAUAAAUAUAAAACUUAUUUGUAUAUAGCUGUAAAAAUGAUGACUUUUUGAUGAACCAGAGCUGUAGAUGAUUCCAUAAUCACUGAGAAAAUAUCAGUUAAGUUUAUAUGGAGAGCUUACAUAGGCAAUUUAUAUUGUGUCUUGUAAGUCUCUGAAAAGCUAUGCUACUACAGUCUAUAAUAGAAGCACAAUCUAAUUAGUGAAGACUAGAUUUGAAGGAAUAAAAACCAUAAUACUGUUGUAUGCAGUGUAACAUUGUACUUAUCUUGCCUUUUUCAUGUGUUUUACAAAAAUGCUAGUUUAGAAACUCAGAGUACAAGAUAUGGCUCAAUUUGAAAGGCAUACGUAAAAGUUAGAGUAAGUUUACCCUGCAAUAUAAAUGCAGCCUUGUGUAAAACCUGUGUUGGUUCCGGUGUAUUGAAGGGUUGAAUUAUUGAGGAUUUCUGGUUGUUUUGAGCUGCGGUGGUUGUACUACAUGCUUAUGUAUUCCAAUAACACGUUUCUGCAUGUUAAAAAUAUUAAGGUACUGUUAGUUUACUCCACUCAACUCCAACUUUUCUGUAUUACUUGAAAUAAUGUAUUUCUGUGACUUAUCUUUCUUAGGAUUUUUGUUGUUUUUUUUUUUUCCUCCCUCAUUCGUUCUCUGAAGUCUUGCGUCAUUCUGUAGUUGGUGCCAUGCUCAUAUUAGGGACUCUGGUUCUGUGCUGAUUUUUCUAUGAAAAUAAUGAAGGGAGUUUUUAAAAUUCGCCCCUAGUGCAUCCUGCGGUGAACCAAAACAUUCCAAAGCUGUAACAUUUUGUCCUGUGUAUAUUUUCCACUAGUUGUCACUCAAAGUAGGCAAAAUAAAAAAAUAAUGCUAGCUAACAAUGUAAGCUAACUCUCCAGUGAAUUUACAUUGCAUGGAAAUAAGUCUACUGUUAAGCUUCUUGUCCAUCCAUCCAUCCUUCCUGUCAUAUACCAAUAUCAGCUGCUCAAAACUCCAGGCAUUAAUAAAAAUUUUUUUUUUUUUUUUAAAAGAUGAGUCUGUUUAGACCUGAAGUUCCUUAUAUGGUGUGAUGCUGACUAUAGAAUGAUGACAUGACUCUAGAGGUGUAUGCCGUAUGUUGCCUCACAGCAAGCACAAGCUGCCAGUCAGGCUUUGUUCCUAAGGAAAAUUCCAGUAGAAACAACGCAACACGUCCAGUGCUUCUAAUGCUCGUACCAGUUGCUAUUUUGAUUGACUUAUAUUGUUAACUGAUAGUUCCAUUUGGUUUUACCUGGGAUUCUGAACAGAAUAGUUGAGUCCAGUUGAAAUCAACUCUGAAUUGCUGUAUCAAACUCUGUUCCGUGCAGGUAGAGACGUUUAAGCCUCUUCUAACACUUCUAACAUUCAACUCUCUCAAUUUUGUAAUGGUGUGGCCCAGGAGUAGCCCAGUUUGAUGUCUCUGCUCCUGAACCAAUUGGAAUUUCCUUUAGGAAAGGCUGUGGAUGAUGCUCACUGCUGUCCUGUUCACUUUUUAUUGCAGCUAUGGUCCCUGUAAGUAGUGCUGAGAUGUGGACAGUGUUGCACAGUGGCAUUUUAUAAACUAUGAAAUGAAUAGCACUUUCAGAGGUUUCAGCUCCCUACAUAGGGCUGAACUUCUUUUUCUAUAUAAGCACUGUAUUGAUUCCAGGGUCUCAGUGUGGCAGAUAAUGGUCCAGACUGUUAACUGUGACAAGUCUGAGAAGCACGUCUAUGCAGUUAGUUAUUUUUGUUUACAUGUUUUAAGUAAAAGCUUUGAAGAUCCCAAAAGAAAUUUGAUUGUGAAAAACUGUUCUCUACUAAUAAAAAUCAAUAGAACACUU